AUGCUCGCUCGUCUCCCUCUUCUAGCUGCCGGGCUUGUCACCCUAGCCAAUCACGUGUUCGCCGAUGUGGACUGUAACGCGCCCAUCACGAUCGGUAACGCCACCGACGCCGAGCAAGUUCGAAAGGCGUGCAAGGUCAUUCGUGGAGAUGUGACUCUUACCGAACAGCUCCUCGACACCAUCAACCUCGACGGCGUCGAGGAGAUCUAUGGGGAUCUCACCCAUUACGGAUGUGAUGCGACUGCCAUUAUCCGCUGCAAGAACUUCCCCAAGGGCCCGUUGGAGUUUUCCAGCUCUACACUGAGAAAGGUCAAUGGUAGCAUCGACUUCAUGACGUACAACAACCUCGAGAAGCUCAGCCUUCCCAACCUGUCGUACGUCUGGAACGAGUUUGCCGUCCAAGACACGGCUUCUCUCAAAGAGAUGGAUCUCACCAACCUCGAGUCUGUCUCGUCGUUUGAGCUGGGAACCACAAGUCUCGAGAAGCUGCACAUGAACGGCAUCAAGGAGCUGCUCCCGGAAUCAGGCUACACUGGCGGCAUCUACCUCAACAACGCAGGCAAGCUGGACAAUGUCGAUGCCUUCUUCAAGAACCCAAUCAACACAUCCGAGAUCCCGACCUGGACCCCGGGAAAGGGGCUUCUCCUGAAUCCCCCAGCCUUGCGUAAUGUGCGCACUCUGAACCUCGGCUGGACGACAAUGGAUAAGCUCGAGGUAUGGGGCACCAAUCUGACCAUCGUGCUAGGCGGGCCCGGGACGAAGUCCAUCUCCUACAAGGAGGUCAUCCUGCACGGGGGCGUUCUCGGUAUCCAGCGGGCAGAUAACCUCGAAAGUCUACACGUCGGCAAGUUCAAGCUAGAUACGGACCAUGACAUCACGGAUCUGACCCUCCCCUUUGACACCGUUGACUCUGUCACGCUCUUCAACUCGAGCAAGCUGCGCUCUCUUACCCUACCAUCCCAGGCAGAGAACUGGAAGAACCUUUCCCUGACAAUCAGCGGUUGCGGGAGCUUGAGACUCGAGUCAGAGAAUGGCGCAGACGGAAAGAAGACGUGGUACUGGCCGAAGAGCCCCAUGGCAAGCGUGAACAUCACCUCUAAUGUGUCAACUCCAUUCUUCGAUUCAUUCAUUGCCAAUAAUGUGGAAGUGACCCAGUCGUUCUCGGUCAGUGACGCAUCGGGCAAGCUAGACUGCGGCAUCUUCGCGAACAGGACGCUUCCCUCAGGGUACACAUGUGACAAGAGUUCAGGGGCUCCCGUCUUAGUGUCUUUUUGGACUGCUAUGGCUGUGCCAGUAGCGUUGAUGUAUAUGCUCUUAUAG